AGAGAGAGAAGGAGAGAGAGGGGCAGAGUGAGCGCGCGCACAGACUCGGGGGGUGGAGGGGUUUGGAACAGUUUCACCGGAACAUGGAGCGGACACGCAGCGCAGCUGCCGGCGGAGCGGCGGCGGGACCGGACUGCGCCUCCACCGCCCCGCGCGCGUGAGUCCCGCUCCCCCCCUGACGGCACCGGCCCAAGUUCGGCGGCGGCUUCGGCCGGCCGCGGCGUCACACAGGGCGGGAGGAGGAUGCGGGGCGGACCGCCGGCUGACCUGAGCUCCGGCCGGAUCAGGAGCAUGCACGCACGGCGCGGCCGCGGGAUGCGGAGUCGGCGCGCCCUCUGAGCGCGCGUCAGGAGGCGACACUUUUCAGCCUCUGCAGGUUUGACGUCUGUCAUCAUGGCUUCGUUGGGAGACAGACGGACCUCCGCGAUGGAUCGUGAAGGAAUACUAUGAAGAAGAUCAUCUCCGAUGAUGGGAGUUUAAGGACAAUUGACGGAUUGAUCUUUGUCCUGUAAAUCGUUUUGAAAUGGAGAUCCAGUGGCGUUCAUGGAGUAAGGGCUGUGUCUCUUUCCUGAGGCCGUGGAUUCCUGUGCUGCUGGGCCUCCACCUCCAGCUCUCGUGGGCCUCCAGCUGCCCCGAGGAGUGCCGCUGCGAGCGCUCCUUUGUUUACUGCAACGAGCGCAGCCUGACCUCAGUGCCUCUGGGAAUCGGCGAGGGCUACAAGACCCUCUACCUCCACAACAAUCAGAUCAACAAUGCUGGCUUUCCGCUGGAGCUCCACCACGUGGCCUCCGUGGAAACGGUGUAUCUGUAUGGGAACCAGCUGGACGAGUUCCCCUUCAACCUGCCCAAAAACGUGCGGGUUCUCCACCUGCAGGAGAACAACAUCCAGACCAUCUCCAGAGCGGCUCUGGCGCAGCUCCUCUGGCUGGAGGAGCUGCACUUGGACGACAACUCCAUCUCCACGGUGGGGGUGGAGGAGGGGGCGUUUCAGGAAGCCGUGAGCCUGAAGAUGCUGUUCCUCACCAAGAACCACCUGAGCAGCGUGCCUAUCGGACUGCCGGACGUCCUGAAGGAGCUCCGGCUGGACGAGAACCGGAUCGCGGUCAUCGCGGAGGAGGCGUUUGAGAACGUCACGCGUCUGGAGCGCCUCCUGCUGGACGGUAACCUGCUGACGGACGACGGGAUCACUCCAGGGACCUUCCAGGGCCUGGUCACUCUGCGGGAGCUCUCCUUGGCCCGCAACUCGCUGACAUACCCCCCCUCGCUCCUUCCCGGGGAGGUCCUGGUCAAGUUAAGCUUCCAGGAAAACUUGAUAACCCACAUCCCGGUGAGAGCGUUUGCAGGCCUCCACAAGCUGGAGAAGCUGGACGUCUCCAACAACCAGCUGCAGUCUUUGGCGCCGGGCGUCUUCGACGGCCUCUUCAGCCUCAGGCAGCUCACGGUGAGAAACAACCCCUGGCUGUGUGACUGCGACAUGAAGUGGGUGGUGUCCUGGCUGAAGUCUCUGCCCGCCUCCUUAAACGUGCGCGGUUUCAUGUGUCACAAACCUGAGAAGUUUCGGGGGAUGGUGAUCCGAGAGCUGAGCAUUGACCUUCAGUGCUCGCCGUCGACGCCAUCAUCUGACUCCAGACCAGGUCUCUCUCCUCCCACAGCUCCAUCGGUGGUCCCUCGUGUCUCCAGGAGACCCGCCGUCACCCUCCCAACUCUCUACCCCAUCUACACCACCAGGGAGGAGGGAAUGAGGACUAAGAAGCCCCUGCAGGUCACUUUCACCUCUCUAAAUGGGUCAGAAAUCCACGUGAGAUGGGCGGCGGCGUUUCCGGUCACUGCCUACAAGGUGACCUGGGCGAGGAUGGACCCCAGUCUGACGGGGGACACGGUCAGGGAGAGGAUAGUGGGCGGGGAUCACCGGGGUAUCAGACUGGCUAAUCUGCAGCCUAAAUCCACCUACCGCAUCUGUGUCAUCCCCCUGGAUGAGUUUAACAACUACCGGCCCAAGGAUGACACCGUGUGCACCGAGGUUUUGACCACAGGGGCGUUUUUCAACCCCGAGGACAACGACAGCAACACCAGGAGGCGCUCCCGGCCCGAGCAGGCCACGCAGCCCGAGCCCGGCUCGCCCUUCCUGCUGGCCGGGCUGAUCGGGGCGGCUGUGGUCCUGGUCCUGGUCUUCCUGCUGGGAAUCUUCUGCUGGCACCUGCACAGAAAGAGCCGCUCUAAAUCUGAGUGGAAAUACAACCGCGGCCGAAGAAAAGACGACUACUGCGAGGCAGGCACCAAGAAGGAUAACUCCCUGCUGGAAAUGACGGAAACCGGCUUCCAGAUCGUCUCGCUCAACAACGAGCAGCUCCUCAAGGCAGACUUCCGCAUUCAGCCUAUUUACACCCCGAACGGGGGCACGGCCUUCAGAGACUGCCCCCCAGGGAACAACAGCACAGUUUACUGCAAGAACAACGUUCAGGAUGCAGACUUCUGUCAUUCAUGACGGUUACGGAGCGUUUUUACCGACUGUGUACAGCGUUAAUCCAGUUCAAGAAGUGAAAUUUAUACAACCGCCUGGACUUUUCUAGAACGUGGGAGAUAAAAAAGGAUCUAUGCCGUUUCAGUUUUGUACACACACAAACAGCUUCAUGUCAUUGUUUUGUUGUUCCAGUGAAGGAUUUUUGCAGUGGGACGGCGUAAUCAGAAUAUGAUCUGGAGCUGGAGGACAAACCCCAGAUGGCAGACGUGUUUGGCUUAAUCCGAGCCGCUUUUGGCUCUCACUGACUGGUGUGAUGUGGUCCUGAUGUUUCCCAAAAGUCAUGAUGUGGCUUUAACUGUUCUUUCAUUAUUGGGGUCAGAUUUGAAUCAGGUUUCAUGGUUUUACUCUAAAGACACCUUGGAGCCUUUGUAGGGCAGAUAAAAACUCAUUGGGGUGACAUCCCAGCGUUACCAUGGAGAUACUUUAAUCCUAAUGAAAAUACUACAAAAAAGGUAAUUAAAUAAAAAAAAAAAAAAAAUCAUUGUUUAAAAACACAAACUUCAAUUGACCUAAUUGCUUUUCACAGUUGCCAUGGUGACACUAUGACAAAAACCCUCCAGUCCAGUACACCCUGCAGGGCAUCUUUCCUGACAUCUUCAGUGCUGCGAGUGUGUAAAAAAUGUUUUCAAUUCUCAUGGUAAAGAUGGUGAAGAUGGUGCAUUACGUUGCCACGGUAACAUUCCUAAACGAUGUAAAGGAUUUUGUUAUUGAAGGAUACAAAAGGUUUUUCUUUUCACAUUUGAACGGUCUUGUAACAGAAAAGGACAAACAGCACAGCUGUCACUCAGCUGAUCCAUCGUACAUCUGACGCUGGUGAUGCGCUGGACUGUGUCUGUUUGGACUUUAAACAUGGCGGGUAGACAAGGAUGUCUUUUAUUUUAUUAUAUUGCUUACAUCUGUCAAAUGGGGACUGGAUUUUGUAUUUUUUUUCGUGAAUCUACAUUUUUAGUUUUUUCUUCUGCUUUGCCUCUACAGUUACAGCGACUACAAUUACAUGCACACUGAUAUUCUGACCCCAAAUGAACUUAAACCCUAACCAAUUAGAAUUAUAUUUUUUAUAUUUUAAGUAGUUUUGGGGUAUAACGCCUGGUUCACACCAGACGCAGAAGCACUGCGGUUGCGUGGCGGAACGAAGGCAGCUCCCAUUUGCCCUUGUUAACCUGUUGAUCACACCAGACGCGAAGUACCGCGAUCCUCCGCGUCCGACGUGCGCCGUGUGGCGAGUGAUCAGCGUCAAUUCUGGCAGGAAGUAACGUCAAGACACACGAGAAAAUCCAGUCAAUUAUCAAAAUGUAGCCGAUUUUUCACAAUAAAAUAUCGCAAUUGACAAAUGCAAUCAUAUUUUUGUUUCUAAACAGACUGGAGCUGAAAAUAAACACACAAAAAACAAACAGACACACACACAGGUGUUGUCGAGCGCCGCGGAAAAUAACUCGUCUAAACUAGAGGUUAGUGGAUACCGCGCGCUCUCCGCCUGCUCAAUGUUUCGCAGGACUUCGCCGUCCGGUGUGAACCAGGCGUCAGUCGCAGGAGCCAAAAAAUACAUAAUAAAGAAAAAAUAAUCAAUUUAAACUUUUGGGAAACACACACAUAAAAAAUACAACAACAGACAAUUCAUCUUGAAAAGAAAAUAACAUUAAUGCGAUAAUUAACAAUAGCAGACUGAAUACAUGCACGCGUGACGAACCGUAACCGGGUUUAGCUUAAAGAAAAUGGAGGAAUCUAAUAUAUUAGCACAGGAACAUUUAUUCAGAAAACCAACAAGACAAUUAAACUCUUUACAAUAAUAACUCCUUUUUCGCGAAGGUUAGACAUCUGCGAAUAUAUGCAAUCUGUGAAUACGGAGAACGCCCCACCCCCAAAAGAUGUCUGUUACUGAUCCAUACUCAUCAAAAACAAUUCUGAUCAUACUUUGUGAAUUAAACAAUAUUGGAGUAUUGCUCAGCAUAAAGAGUUCUUUUGUUUUUUAUUCAGAACAAAAGACUGUACCACAGCAACAGUGUAUUUUAUGACUCUGUGCCUUUAAAUCAAAUGAGGAUGAGAAUUAUCCUCCGCAAUUAUCCUCUUCAGCAUAUCAGGAUUUUUUUCGGUCGCUUCCGAGUCAGCUGAUGCCAUUUCUCCAUGCGCUCCUCUCGCGGAGACCACAGCUCCGCUAUGCUCUGCUGCCAGAGAUACACCCCAGCAGCGCAGCACCUCCAUCUUGAGUUGUCUGAGUUUUUGUGACACACCGGAGGAGUUGCAUGACUGGAAAAAAAAAAAAAAACUUUGAAUACGUGAAACUGCGAAUAAGCGUGGGAUCACUGUAUAUCAGUUUAAAUCACCAAUUCUGUUAAAUUCUUCGUCCUCCGUGUUAUUUUAAUACAACUUCGCUGAGCCCGGCGUAAAACUAAGCAGCGCUUCUUCUUCUUCUUCUUUAUCUGUGUUGCUGUCAGUAGCAAAUACUGAUACACGCCUACAGCGCCCUCUAGCGGUUGUUGCCACCUAUUAAAAAAAAAAAACACACAUGUAAGUCAGAACCAAUGCCAAACUAUACAAAACAGCAUGACUUAUAUUCUAAAAAAUACGGUAAUUAUCUUCAGAAGAGGUUAAUUUAUUUUAUGACAGUUUUUGGACUAUAAGCUAACAGAAAUUUAGCUAAAAACAGUCUAAACUUUGACACAUCUGAAUGAGAACUGUCAGCCAAAAACCUUAAUGACUUAACAUUACUUUAAGGCAGGAAAACCUCUCACUGCACAAUAUAUAUUCUUUUCUCCAACAGAAAUGAACAUUUUUACACUUUUCUCUAUUUGUUAAACUCUCUAAUUUCAUAGAAAAAUAAAUCCAAAAUUAUAGAAUAAAAGGAAAGAUUUGAUCAUAUGUAGAUUUGACGAGUUGAACGCAUUCUGUUCAGAAGACAAUAAAUAGAGGAGAUUGAUUGACAAGCUCUAAAACCAAUCAGAUCACAGUUUUCUUUGAUUAUUUAAUAGAGAAAAUUGCACCAAAAAAGGUAAAAUGUGAUAAAACAAAGGAACACAGAAAACAGUAUAAAAUAAAGGUUUCGUUCAGGUUUGGCACAAAAACACCCAAAAAUGUUACUCCAAAUAUUAUCCCAAAAAAAUGUUCUUUACUCUGAAUAUAGUGAGCAUGUAAAUGUAGUCGCUUUAUAACCUAUUGAUGCAGUUAAGUUGUGACGGGAUUAAGAAUUUAUUAUAAAUCUUAUGAAAAACUACAAGUUAGGACAGUUUACAUUAACUACAACAAUGUGAAAGCUGUUGUGGCAUCACUGUAAAAGGGUUAUAAAAGUUCUUAUUAAAGACAGAGUUAGUCAUCAUCAAUUUGUAAAGUUAAGGUUGUCACUGACGCAACAAAUGUGCCGAUUAUAAUUCUUUCCAUUGAUUCUAUUGCAGUAAAUAUGUCCCCAGUUAGUGUUUUGCUUUUAACCCCAUCAGUUAAGAGAGAAAAAAAAGACAGAAAUCACUAAAAAGCACCAAAUGUUUUGAUUAUUUCUGUCACAAUUCAGUCAAACAUCAGACACUAUGGAUGAUAGGAACUGUACCAACCGUCUCCACUAGAGGGCAGAGUUUUGUUCAGAAGCCUGAUCAUCAGGUUCCUCCAGAGAGGACAGAGCAUAUGCAAACCUAUUUCUCUCUGUCACUCAUACAGACAGGCAGGAAGUGGCCGCCGAGCUUCCUGGAGGUCCUGACGUUCCUCCAGCCGAGGGCGUAGAAGCACAUGUGCUGUUUGUUCAACUCUUUUAUUCAGCAACGCUCAUGUUUUGGCAGAAAAUUUGAUAAAUGUGCCUUGAAGUUUUGAGCUUUGAUCGUCCAUGUUUUUUCGCUGUACAGACAUUUGACUGGAUUGUUGUUGGAGAAAUGUUUCGCUCUUGUUUAUUUAUUCCUCUCAUUACACUUUUAAUUAAACAUAAUCUGUGAAUUUA